AUGUCGUCUUGGGAUUCCUAUGAGACCUCUGGUGCAGCAGCACCUGACGACUGGUCUGAGAUCACCAUCGGUCACACCCUCCAGGGUCAGACCGAUUCCUACUACGUCCAGGACUGGCUCGGUGAGGGCGGCUUUGGUCGUGUCGCCAAAUGCCAGGCCCUGAGCAGGAAGCAGACUGUGGCUGUGAAAAUGUUGAAAGACCACACCGAGAGCAUGGAAGCAGAGAUUUCCAUGUUGGAGAAGGUCAGACUCCUCGACCCGGAGCGUGUGAACCUGGUGCACUUUGUGGAGUGUUUCCAGUUCAUGGGGGUGAAUUGUCUCGCCUUGGAAAUGCUUGAUGUCGAUCUGUACACGUUCAUGAGCAGAAGAUGUUUCGUACCUCUGCAAAUGAGCGAGAUUCGGCCGAUUGCCCAACAGUUGUUGGUGGCUUUAGACGCCCUUAAAGGUGCAGGGAUCCUCCACUGUGACAUCAAACCCGACAACGUCAUGUUCACAAACCUGGAGGAGCAACCUCUGAGGAUCAAGCUCAUUGACUUUGGAGAAGCCAUGAGCAUCUGUGAGGCUCAGCCAGGGAUGGACAUCCAGGCUCUUGGCUACAGAGCUCCUGAGAUCUCACUCGGCCUCCCGUUCACUGAGGCUGUGGAUGCGUGGGGGGUGGGCUGCCUCUUGGCCUACCUCUACCUCGCAGACAACCUUUUCCCUGUCCACUGUGAGUACCAACUCAUGAAACGCACGGUGGAACUUCUGGGGAAACCUGCUGACCACCUGCUGCAGAAGGGGAAGUACUCUGACUACUUCUUCCAUGAAGUCCUGACCACCGAGGGAACCCACUGGAGACUUUUGUUCCCAGAAGAGUUCUCAGACCAGAACAAUGUGAGCACUGAGGAGAUGGAGGUGGACUUUGACUUCCCCUUCUCAUUGGACGACCUUCACAAUGUUUAUUCAGAAGACACAGCAUCUAAGGAGGAGGACAAGAGGGCCUUCGUUGACCUCCUAAAGGGGUUACUGUGUUUGGACGGAGAGCAGAGGUUAACUCCUCAGCAGGCUCUGCAGCUCCCGUUUAUCACCAUGGCUCACCUGCAACCUGCAUCUUUCCUGGGAUAUGCGACUGUGUCCAAGGAGCUGAUGGAGAUUUGUUCUCGGGGAGAAGCUGGCAGUCUGACCACAGCUCCAGCUCGUGUCCCUGUGGUUCUGACAGUUGACCCUAUGACCUCUGGGUCACCGGACAGAGACUCAGGCGUGUGGUCCCUGUCUGACUCCUCACCUACGCCGCCCCCUGGCUGUUGGGAUGAACAAGAACCCGCAUCAGUGCCCUUUGCUGCUGAGGUUCCCGUUGCUCACACCCUCCAGGACCUGAGCGAUAGUUGCGACGUCCAGGACUGGAUCGACGAACCCGGCUCUGGCCUUGAUGCCAAUGUGCCUGUUGAGAUCAUGGCAGAGAUGUCUGUGUCAUUGGUGGGCACUGACCUGGAGCACUCUCUGGACUCUUGCACAACACCUCCAGAUGAAGUGUGUGUCUCCGAUGUGAGCCUUGUGGUCCAGUCCAUCAACCCUGGAUCACCUGGAAGAGUGGGGUCCUUUUCCCACAUUCUCCAGGCCACAGACUCUGCAGAGGAUCCAGAGGUUCCAGAGGCCCCAGAGGUUCCAGAGGCCCCAGAGGUUCCAGAGGCCCCAGAGGUUCCAGAGGCCCCAGAGGUUUCAGAGGCCCCAGAGGCUUCAGUGGCUCGAAAGGUCAAAUCCAAAAAACUCUCCCCGGUCAGGAGGAUUGGCAGAGUGUGGCGAAGGAUUGCAGAUGUGCUGUGCUGCUGUGUGCGUCCUCAGGAAUCACAAUGGUAG